AUGGAUCUGCCUGUACCAAUGCCCGCCACAGGUUCGCUCGAGAACGAAGCGGUAAUGUCUAAAUCAUCAUUUCCAGGGGAUUCUGAUGGACAAGACGUGAAGCUUCCAGCUGUUCCGGGAUUUACCUGCCAUUGGGAUGUGGCGGGUGAUCUCCACUUUGCUCCUGGUGUGACAGUCGCAUUAGAAGGUGAUGAUUGUUUGCUGCACAUUGGGUCAGGUCAAAUGGUCCUGUUGGGCACUCAAGCGACAUUAAUGGCUUCGUCACUCAGCAUUGUGGCGUCAUUUGUGCAUCUCGAGGUGCAAGCAAAGAUCUCAGCAUCUUAUAGCGGUGCAUUUCGUGAUGGCCAGGGACUCUUUACUGGGACGGACAUCUUUGGUGCUAGUCAUGGCGGAGGUGGCGGUCAGCGACUAAUUGCAAAUGAUACGAUGCUAACAGAGCAAACGACUCGAGGAUUCUUUGAUGUUCGAGGGCGUACAGUGGAUGUGGAGCUUGUUGAAGAUAAGGAAGCACUGUUGAAGCAGAGCAGUGCCGGGUGGCAAUUAGCCGAGUUAUGGGCAAAAGAGAGAGCCUUAAUGACAGAUCCAGAAAAGCUGACGUCGUCGUCGGAAGAGUCAGAGGACAUGAGUGCAAUAAUUGCGCCGUUCUUACUUGGGAGUGGCAGUCGUGCUGUCAUCACUGGAGAUAAUUCGAGCAUACACAAUGUCACGGUUGACGGAGGUGGUCGAAUUCAAAUUAAAGCAUCGAAAGAUGUCGUUGUGAUGGAAAGCGCUGCGAUUCAAGCUAACGGUGCCUCCGCAAUCGACGGAGUGAGCGGGGGCUCAGGGGGUUCGAUAGUAAUUUUUGCGAACGCCUUAUCUGUGAGCGGAAGAGUCCAGGCGAAGGGAGGUGACGCUUUUUGCACCGACAAAGCUAUCGAACGAGGCAUUACGCAUUGUUAUCCGGCUGGUGGCGGCGGGCGUGUACAGAUCACAUAUAUGUCUAGUCAGCUCGAUACAAAUGCUGUCGAUACGACUGGAGGCACGCUAAAUACAAACUUGGUGAAGGAAUUGCUGGCAAACAAGAAUCGCUUUCGCCACGUACAGGUGUCAGCAUUGGCUGGUGCAGCGGGUACGUACUACCAGGUAGUCCAACAUUCGGACGGUGUGCAUGAAGCUCAGCUUUUUAUUAGUAAUGACAUGCAGCGGCUGUGGCCGACUCGUGUUUACAGGGACGAUGAUGGACCUCUGGAAAUACAGGAUAUGGAUACGGUUGUUGGUGGUGCUGUGACGAGCUUAGACGUUGGACAUAGUGAGGCAGAACACAUUGAUGCAGUCACGAUUACAGACGGUGCGGUCGUCGCAACGGGAUGUCUGAAAUUAGCAGAAGGAGACCUGAGGGUGCUCAAUGGUUCUCUUCUAUUGGAUUCAUUACUUGUCGGCUUACCCCACCAGUUACCAGAUUCAAUAAGCAUAAAUAGCGAUGACAAACCGCCUCUUCUGCAAAUUCGUGCGCGAGACAUGAUUGUAUCUAGCGAAGCAAAACUUAUGAUGCCGACUAGCGCCUUGCAAAUCUCGGCCCGAACUGUAUCAAUGGAUACAACCGCUACACUUGAGUUUACAUGGAGUACUCAGAUUGUUACAAGCCAGAAUAUUCACCUUGAUGCCAACAUUUCCAGUAUUUCCGAUCCAAUUGUUGCUGCACCUACCUCAGCAACCAUCACUCAGCUGUUUAACACUAAAAUGCUGGUCUUGCUUAGUGACGGCGACAUUUUUCUUGGUGGUGUUAUUGCGGUUGGUGCGUUAUCAGUUUCGUCGGACUUUUCCAUUACAAUUAAUGGCCAUGUUGAAGCAAUAAAUUAUCCGAGCAUUAAGUCAAUUUUUCGUACUUGCAAAGAGCAAGAGGAGCUCAAUUUGUACUAUACAAAUGUUGCGGCGGAAAAAUCUGGCAGUAACUCUGGGAACGAAACAACGAUACCAAGCAUACCAACUGCUUUGCCGAGCAAAAGUAAUUACACUAUCAUUUUCAAUGCGCGAAAAUCAAUUUAUUUGGGAGAGGCGGAAGAAAAACGACAGCAAUUGGGAAAUCAGCUGCAGCAAGAUGACGGAAUGGCUCUACCGCCACUUGGUUAUGUUAGUGGCGGUGCUGUCCUAAUGUGUGCAAUUGACUCUAUCGAGAUAUCAAGUGGUUCGAUUGUGUCAGCAGACGGCACUGGAGAGCUGGCGAAUCAAGGCCCUGGCAUGGGGAUGUGCGUAAACUCCAUUGGCGGAGGUGCUGGAUAUGGUGGUCGUGGGGCUGAUUCAAGUGUUGUUACAAGUUUUGGCAACUACGCCUCAGGUGGGCUGCCUUAUGGUACGCGAUCUGGUUUAGGUAUGCUAGGCUCCGGUGGUGGUUGUGUGGACGGUGGAAAUGGUGGUGGUCUUGUUAUGCUUGGUGCCUCAGGCCUUGUUCUUAAUGGUGAAAUCCGUUGUAAUGGUGAUGGUGGAGCAAACGGUGCAGGAGGAGGCUCAGGAGGUUUUUUGGGGCUAUCUGUCGCACAAUAUUUACGUGGACACGGACACAUUAGCGCUGUUGGCGGUGGUUCUGAAUGCACCGAUAGUUCAGCAAGUUUAUUUAGCAAACCAAUUUGGAAAGAACCAAAAAUUCUUUCAGGAGAGGCUCAAUAUGAUGCCGCUGAUGAGCAGACAGAAGCUCAACUACCGAGCUUAAAAACUGUUCCUCGGCUUUGCGGCGGGGGUGGCGGUGGUGGACGCUUACAGCUCACAGGGUGUGAAUUAAGCACUUUUGAUCGAUGCACAAGGGAGUUUGAUGGGAAUUAUACUGUAGCAGGAGGUGCUACCUCGUACCGCUUAAGCAGUGAUGAUGCUUCCGAGUUGCCUUUGCCAACACCUGCGUCCGCUGAUUCUGACACAUCCAUCGUUCCUGCUGGUGCGAGUGGAUCUUUCUUUGGCUUCCCUUGCCCUCCAGGAUCUGGUGGUCUCUUUUGCCGCUUGUGUUCCGUGGGCAAAUACAAAUCAGAAAGCAAUAGCGCGGAAUGUGUUGUAUGUACAAACGCACCAGCUAACGCGCAUUACGUUGGCAAGGGCUCUACAAGUGCGCGCUGUGAUUGGGCGUGUGACCCUGGCUACUCGGGAUACUAUUGUGUAUCGCCUAUUCAACAGUUGCUUGACGCAUGCGGAUACGCCUGUCGAAAUCGCAAGGAGCCAUCAUAUACACGGAUGUACAAUAGCAGAGGAGCAAAAGAACACAUGGCAAGGCUUUAUCUAGCGGGAUAUAAUGACCCAGAUUCUCCGCUAAAACUCCGUACAACAGUUCCGCCGAAUUUGAAGAAGGUUCUGUACGAUGUUGAAUUUAAAAAUUUAGCCGAUCGUAUCAACCGUGUAUUGGCAUGGCAACGCGGUCCUUGCUCUAGCUGGGGAAAGAUUGUGUACUUUUUAGUGGCAGCAUUACUGUAUCCUUUUGCAUCCGAGGUAAAGUUGUUUCGGAGACAUAUUCGUGUUAACGAGCUCAAGCGAAUCGUAGCGAGAAUUGUUGUACAAAGAAAGCUCUCAGUCUGUCUGCGUUGUGGAACGUAUUUCUCGCCGUUUUACUUGGAUCCAAACGAUUUGCUUGUUCGCUCGAUUCCACAAUGCCCCGAGCUGACAGCAUUUAUCGAUGAACCGUGGAUUGAAUUCGUUGCUGAGCUGAAUGAGUUAUUACGCGUCGUGCAACGAGAAAAAGGCUCCCUUGUACAGUCACUCACUCCUGUAGCCGUGUAUCUUGAGAAGCAGCGUGUUCGGUCGUCCUUGGGAAGCAAUAUGGGCAAACUUGGUGGGCUUCGCAUCUAUUUGGGUCGGUUUUAUGUCCAGGACGAGUUCAACAUGGGUGAGGAGUUCAAACUUGGUCUUUUUUUAACUACGGCCAACGACUCACUUGACAACGUCAGCAGUCAAAAUAAUUUCCAGCAAUCUCACUCGCAGUUCCAGCCUUCCUCAAGUCGAUACAGCUAUGGCAGCAAUCACUCGAAGGAAUUAAAUAAUUUUAACGUAAAUGACGUUUACGGUUAUGGACGUGGAGACUCUCUGGAAUACCCGGGUCCCCGCCGUGACGACGGUACUAUUGAAAAUGGUGCCAUGCUCAAUGACAUGGGCGGAUGGGGAAGUGCACUGAGUAACCCUAGUUCGUCUUCUCGUGGAAAGGGUCGUAGUGCAAAUGAAAGUGCCAACGAAGCCUCUCCCAACCCGGUGAGCAGUAUUCGAGAAGAGGCGCUGCGUAUUCGAUCUUCUAGUUCACACGGAGAUGCUUUAGUAGGCAAUAGUACCUCUGGGCGCGGUGAAAACUCAGAUGAUGUUCUAAUGCUUACGGGUUCUGGAACGACGAAGGGUAAACAACCAAGUAAAGCAGUCCACCGUACGUUUUAUGAAGGAUGGCUUGGCCCUGUAGAUGCAUCACUUCCUAUACCUGGAGUGCUGAUUUGCGCCGACGAGCUACAAGAGCGCCUUGCAGAUCGGACUCCUCGUCAGAUCUUCAUUUCAUUUCUUCGCAUGCAUCUGUUACCUCGCAAUGUGCCACGCAGCAGUUCACUCAAUCUGUCGUGGAUGCUCAGCAUUUCGCUUUUGACAUUAUUGAUGGUUGAUUUGGCUAUUACAUUUGCCAUCUUGGUAAAUCUUAAGUGCGUCACUGAAGGUGAAGUCGAUCAUGACUGCAGUGCUUCGAUCAUGGUGCCGGUGCUGCUUGUGCCACCACUUGCGCUCGUCCUGUCUCCCAUUGUGGGCAUCAUUUCACUGGCUCUGUUCUCGUCAACAUUCACACGUCGAUUUUCGGUGUGGAAUGCGCUUUCUAUGAUUAGUGUAGGAAUUGCUAUUCUAGCAUGCAUUACGCAGUCAAGUCGACUUGUGGCUCCAUGGUUUGCUGGUCCUCUCCCUUUGCUACCAGUAAUUGGCAUGGGGGUCAAGGCUGGCCAAGCAUAUCUCGUCGAGCGAUACAUUGCGUUUCAAGAGACUCAACGCCGACGUCGCGGCUGGCGUGGCAUUAUGAAGCGCCGGCUCUCAGACGCCAGUAUUCCUACAGAGUCCCCGUAG